GUUUUGGGAAAAAAGGGUAAGAAAAGUUUAAUUACAAGUUUUUUAAUUUUCUUCGUCACAACAAUAAAAAAUAGCGAAGAGCCGUGCCCGUCCCAAAAAGCUAAGGAUCGCAAACAUUUCAAAAUAGCGAAGAUGUGCUUCUGAGGACCGGCCAAAUUUAAUUUGGUGCCGAAUUUUUAAGAAUUGGGAGAUGAGGGAACAGGUAAUCUCUGCGUACAGAGCUCUGUUGAGGGCAAGGAAAACAUCAUUCUCUGGCGAUGAUAUAAUGCUCACUCAGUCUGCAAAAGAAAUCAGAUCCAAAUUCGAGGAAAACAGAUCAGUUUCCUCCCUUACAGAUAUUCAAAAGUUAGUGCAAGAAGCAAGGGAAGCAGCUGACUUUCUCCUCAACAUGGUGGUGCAGGCCAGACUAACCGAAAGGGGAACCUAUGAAUUGAAGCUUGAUAAAGCACACGAGGGAGCCACAUUAGAGCUUCCAUCUGAAGAAAAACUCUCGAAGGCUACUUGAAUAAAUUAUUCAAGAUGGAGUUGAAUACUUUGGACUCUGGAAAAUCAAUACUAUCCCUAUUCCAUACCGUUAAAUCACAAUCCAGUUGAGUCACAUCGUAGGACAUUCAAGCUUAUUUUCUAAUCAAAAUAAUAUAGAUGAGGUGUACCAUGUCAUGGAUUUGCUUACUAUUUGAUCAGCUUUGGAAUUAUUAAAUCACUUUUUCUCACCGGAAUUUAUUACGCAGUAUUGUGUUAAACACCUCAGGGAAUAGAUGAACAAGAUUUUUUGACUUGCUCAAUUGAUCUGCUGCAAGAUUGGCCAAACUUGAUAACAAUUCUAAAUGCCCAUCACCAUUGCUA